AUGUCCGCUCGCAGAGACGAGUCCACACGCGCACGCAUAAUCGACGCCGCGAACGUCCUGUUUGCCUCGGCCGUGCCGAACUUCGCCACGUCCACGAGCUACUUUGACAUCGUCGCCACAACAGACCACCACGGCAUCCGCGCGCGCCUGCUUCAAUGGCACCGCGUGGGCGACACCAGCCUGCGCUGUCUCCUGGCUCUGGUAGGACCGGCGAAGCCGAGCUACCGCGAGGCGGUCGACGCUCUGGCCGAACAGCUGGAGCAGCAGGCCACGCAGACGGUCCAGCAGCAGCAGCCGACAGCACUGGCGCCGAUUCCCGUCUACAUAUCUGCUCGCACCCCGCGGCGCAUGCUGGUCAACAACCCCAACGCGAACAACAGCAACAGCCCGCAGACGCCCUCCUCGCCGACUCCGCGCGCGAGCUCAGCCAAAAUCACCGCCGCCCGCUCACAGAGCUCGCGCGCCACCUCCAACUCCAGCGCGAGCACCGCCAGACCCUCGACCGCGCCGCCAGGCCCAGGUCUCACUCAGGCUGAGCUCCUCAGCCCUCCUCCUCCGAUGCCAGACAUCCCAGCUCACCUCGACUCACCCACUCCAAAGCGCUCUCUCACAACCAGACUGACGCCUUUCCUCCGCCGCCAGCAGCGCGAGCCUGCUCAGCAAGAACAAGAACCCGAAGCCCCAAAGACUCAACAACAAGAGCAAACACAGGUGACAAUGGACCGCACGCCGUCCGGGCAGCAGAACCAGCAAGAGCGCAAGCCCUCAGCAUUGCACAAGCUGGGCAGCAUGAUGACACACCACAGGCACCACGCCAAGGAGCCCAAGACUCCCCCCGUCUACACGCUCGACCCCGACCAGGGCCCGUCGCCGUCGCCCUCGCCGUCGCCGCCCAAGGGCCGCACUACCGCCGAAGAUGAAGCAAACGAAAACGAAAGUAUGAUCAUGGGUAGCGUCGGCUUGAGGAUGAAUCCGCUCUCACCCACCCCGCCCUCGCUAUCGACUAUGAUGGCCGCGACCUCGCUCGCCGACCGCCCGCGCGGCCCAAGGCAGCUGCCUCCUCACUUCGGCGAACGCAUGACAAGCAACAGCAGUAACAACAGCCAGAACAACGAACGUCGCCGUCCGGAUCUAUUCUCGGAGAGGGACCCGCCGGUGCGGAUCCGUGACCAGCAGCGACAGCAAGAGCAACAGCAGCAGCCGCCCGCCGGCGGCAGCCAGUGGCGCAGGGCGUUGCGUGAUCUCGAUCACCGCCAGGAGAAUGAAGAUCAGCUUCGGCGCGACAGGGCGAUGUUGGCGGUGCCACCACGGAGAGGCGUGGCGCCCAGAGAUGCUGCAGCUACAGCUGCAGGUGGAGGAACGCACCUCCGGGCCACGACGAACACAACGGCCACAAGGAAUCCUGCACGCACGACCAACACCGCUCUCGCACCGGCAGCCUUGAGGGUCAGCGGCCUCAACAUAAGCAAAGCCAACAGCAGCAAUGCCAACAGCAGUAACUACGGUGUCACGGUGCCCCCCUCUGCCUCUGCCUCUGCCUCUGCCUCUGCCUCUGCCGCUUCUCCUCCUCCUGCGGUGCAGCGCCUGCAGCGCAAGCCCGUUGCUGCUCCUGCUGCUCUACAGCCAAGCCAAUCAUACAGCAAUAACGUGACCGCUGGUUCUUCUUCAGCAGCAGCGGCGGCACCUUCAAGCAGCAACAGUGAGGCACAAGUGGAGAACCGCCCAUCAGAGGCCACGGAGACCACUGACACCACCGAGACCACGAAGAAGCAGAAGAAGUCAAAGAAGCCGAAGAAGAGGACGGUCUGGGACGACGUCGACGACUUCCUCGAGGAGCUGAUCGCGGCCCAAGAGGCGGAUCGCAUCCGCCUGCAGCGCCAGGAGCAGGAGCGCCAGCUGGAAGAACAGCAACGCCAGGCGCAGCUGCGCCAAGAGCUCGACCAGCAGCGCGUGACGUGGCAGCAGCAGAGCUCGUCGAGGAUGCGUGACGGUGGUGAGAACAACGGUGACAACAACGGUGACGGGGCGACCUUGCAGCAGCACUCGCGCUCGGCGGCCAGGCGCCACCACCUAUGGCCGAAGAGGAGCUUCGGAUCGAGAUCGGAGCAGCUGCGCUCGAAUGCCGGCGGCGACGUCGAUGACGACGACAAGCAGAUCCGCUGA